CUUUCCAUCUGGGGAGGGGGGUGCUGUAGAAAGCCAACCAUAUUGCAAAGGCUAUCUUCCAGAGCCAAGAACGGACCGGACCGGUAGGGCAGGGCUGGGUUGAGUGGCUGAGCUGAACACGUGAUACUGCCAGACUGCCUCCUGGGCCCUCUGUGUGCCCUAGGCUGGAAUCGGCAUUUGCCUCUGGCAGGAAAAUGAACUUGUCAGUUUCGGUGUGCUUCAGACCCUCGACCCAAAGGAGCCAGGAAUUGCAGUAGUAAUUUGCCUUUCUUCGAAUCUCAGAACUAUAAAGACCUCUGGUCUUGCUGCCAGCCGCAGAACUCCAAAGACAUCACGUGGCAACGUGGAACCCGCCUCUUGAUGACGUCACACAACUUGCAGCAGACGCGCUGAAGAAAGGAUGAUCUAGGAUGCUGUCCAGGUGGACGGCCACGCUGCAAGAUGCGGCACUGCAGGUGGACUUCUCUUCCAGGAGUAACUAGCAUGGUCAGUGCAGGAGCCAUGAGUGCCUCUGGGAACCUGAUGGACUUCCUUGAUGAGCCCUUCCCUGAUGUGGGGACCUAUGAAGACUUCCACACCAUAGACUGGCUGAGGGAAAAGUCCCGGGAUACUGACAGACAUAGAAAGAUAACCAGCAAAAGUAAGGAGUCUAUUUGGGAGUUCAUCAAGAGCCUGCUGGAUGCAUGGUCGGGAUGGGUGGUGAUGCUACUCAUUGGGCUGCUUGCAGGUACCUUGGCUGGAGUCAUUGAUCUCGCUGUUGAUUGGAUGACGGACCUCAAGGAGGGGGUCUGUCUGUCUGCAUUCUGGUACAGCCAUGAACAAUGCUGUUGGACUUCCAAUGAGACCACUUUUGAGGACAGGGACAAGUGUCCCCUGUGGCAGAAGUGGUCAGAGCUUCUUCUGAGCCAGUCAGAGGGUGCCAGUGCUUACAUUCUGAAUUACUUAAUGUACAUUCUAUGGGCAUUGCUGUUUGCAUUUCUGGCUGUCUCCCUGGUACGUGUGUUUGCACCAUAUGCUUGUGGCUCUGGCAUACCCGAGAUAAAGACUAUUUUGAGUGGCUUUAUCAUCAGGGGCUACUUGGGGAAAUGGACUCUUCUAAUCAAGACUGUCACCCUCGUGCUGGUUGUAUCCUCUGGCCUGAGCCUUGGGAAAGAGGGGCCACUGGUGCAUGUGGCAUGUUGCUGUGGCAACUUCUUCAGCAGCCUUUUCUCCAAAUAUAGCAAGAAUGAAGGCAAGAGGCGUGAGCAGGUAGCUGCUAAGCCAAGGGAAAAGCUCUAAGCAGUCUUUUCUCUGUUCAUUCUGUGAUUUUCUAUCUAUUUGUCCCAGGUCAGCUACUACUUUCCCUUGAAAACCUUGUGGAGGUCAUUUUUUGCAGCCCUGGUGGCUGCCUUCACACUGCGCUCCAUCAACCCCUUUGGAAAUAGCCGCCUGGUUCUCUUUUAUGUGGAGUAUCAUACACCCUGGUACAUGGCUGAACUCUUCCCUUUCAUCCUUCUUGGAGUCUUUGGGGGUUUAUGGGGAACCCUCUUCACACGCUGCAACAUUGCUUGGUGCAGGAGGCGUAAAACCACCAGGCUGGGGAAGUAUCCAGUGUUGGAGGUUAUUGUGGUGACAGCCAUCACCGCCAUCAUUGCCUAUCCCAAUCCCUACACUCGCCAGAGCACCAGUGAGCUCAUAUCUGAGCUAUUCAAUGAUUGUGGGGCUCUUGAGUCUUCUCAGCUCUGUGACUACAUCAAUGACCCCAAUAUGACUCGGCCUGUGGAUGACAUUCCGGACCGGCCAGCUGGGGUUGGAGUUUACACAGCCAUGUGGCAGCUGGCCUUGGCACUGAUCUUCAAAAUAGUCAUUACUAUAUUUACCUUUGGCAUGAAGAUUCCCUCAGGUCUCUUCAUCCCCAGUAUGGCUGUAGGAGCCAUGGCAGGCCGGAUGGUGGGAAUCGGUGUGGAGCAGCUGGCCUACCAUCACCAUGACUGGAUCAUCUUCAGGAACUGGUGCAGGCCUGGAGCGGACUGUGUCACACCAGGGCUUUAUGCGAUGGUGGGAGCUGCAGCCUGUCUAGGUGGAGUGACUAGGAUGACAGUGUCUCUAGUGGUCAUUAUGUUUGAACUGACUGGAGGUCUGGAGUAUAUUGUACCCCUGAUGGCAGCUGCUGUCACCAGCAAGUGGGUGGCUGAUGCCUUUGGGAAAGAAGGGAUUUAUGAAGCCCACAUCCAUCUGAAUGGAUACCCAUUUCUUGAUGUGAAGGAUGAGUUCACCCACCGUACGCUGGCCACUGAUGUGAUGCGGCCCCGGAGGGGAGAACCACCAUUAUCAGUACUAACCCAGGACAGCAUGACUGUGGAGGACGUGGAAACUCUCAUUAAGGAGACAGACUACAACGGCUUUCCUGUGGUUGUCUCCAGAGACUCGGAGCGUCUCAUCGGCUUUGCCCAGAGGCGGGAGCUAAUCUUGGCUAUAAAAAAUGCCAGGCAGAGGCAAGAGGGCAUUGUGAGCAAUUCCAUCAUGUACUUCACAGAGGAGCCUCCUGAGCUGCCUGCCAACAGUCCACAUCCACUGAAGCUGAGGCGCAUUCUGAACCUGAGCCCCUUCACGGUCACAGAUCAUACCCCCAUGGAGACAGUCGUGGACAUUUUCCGGAAACUGGGGCUCCGACAAUGCCUGGUGACACGAAGUGGGUGAGU